AUGACUUAUGAUGAUUCUGAUGAAGAAACACCAGGUAAAAAAGGAAAAAAUGAUCUAUUUGAGACAAGUCCAUCGAAUGAAGUAACAACAGCCUCUACAACGUUGUUAACAGGAAAAACAACAAUAGAUCGUUUAGAACGUUCAGAACGAUCAAAUUGCGAUACAUUACAACUUUCACCGAAUGAACUUGAAAUGUCACACGAACUAGUAUCAUUUUUAAAAAUAAUUGAAGAUUCAACAAAAAUAUUAUCAUCAUCAAUAAAGUAUCCUUCAAUGAAUCUUUAUAUUUUAUUUCGAAGAGAUAGUGAAGAGCACUUGAAAGAUGCAAUGGAUGAUAGUGAUAUGCUCACUGAGUCUUAUUUAAAUGACCUAAAGUGA